GCAGUAAGUACAUUGUCUGCAGGGGGGUUGUUAGUCCCAGCUGCCUAGUCCGGUUGCCUAUAUCAUACCCCAGAUCCCAUACUCAUCACCCUCAGCCUUGGCUACCAAAUACAGUACCAGGGAGUCCUUCUACUUCACCAUGGCCACUGCGUCAAUUACUCGCUUCCUUCGCGGCCUUCAUCUCACCCCACGUCUUCACCAAAUCCACCACACCUCUUCUGCCACCGCCUUUGCGCCCAACACUUCACAUCAUCACUUCACUCUCCUGCGCCGCCUUCGUGCAUCAAAAGAAACCACCUCGAAAUCAGACGAAGCACCAACCCUCACAGAAACACCACCACAUGAUGACAACGACACUCUACGCCUCCUGAACACCAUGGCCGGACAAGGUCCCACGUCGCUCAUAGUCCAAGGCGUCCUCUUCGACCCUGUCACCUCGCUGGGCGAUAUUGAACGGCACUUCUCGGCCUCGGAAGGAUAUCUGAGCGCUACGGUUUCGGGAACAAGAGCUGAGAGGCGCGGACGAAUUAUCCAAGACUUUGUUUUCCACUUCGCUACCGCCGCAGAUGCGGCAAACUCACUUAGCACACACCCCGAAAUCUCUAUCGCCGGUCGAUCUUAUCCUGUUGCUUCUCACGAUGGCGAUUUUGGUGAUCCUCGAUAUCAUGUCACGGAACCUGCUCGAGAUUCUGAUACGGCACCUCGCAAGCGUGCGAAAACGAUGCCAAUGACAGGCAUGACAGUUUGCAAAAUCUGCUUUUGUGAAUUCCCCAACAAUGAGCCCUUUUCGACACCUUGCAGACGAUGCAAAGAACCAUGUUGUUACACCUGUCUCAAAGAGGAUUUCCAGCAUGCUAUGAACGACAUGACACGGUUCCCUGUCAAAUGUUGUAGCACAGUCGUACACCACGAGGUUGCUCGAGGUAUCUUGUCCGCAGCCGAGCUCGAAAUCUACAAAUCCAAAAUGGACGAAGUGAACGACGUGAACCCGCUUUACUGCCCGAUCCCAACCUGCUCAACUUUCAUACCUCGUCGCAUGUUCAAGGCGGACGCCACCAGAGUCAACUGCCACGUCUGCCAGGCUUCCAUCUGUCUGAAAUGUAAGCAGCUCGCCGCGGAGGACCACACCUGCGCAAAAGAUGCUGGGCGGGAAUUCAUCAUCGACACAUUCGAUUACAGACCCUGUCCAAGAUGUGGUACCGGCGUAAUGAGAAUGUAUGGUUGCGAUCAUAUCAGAUGCCCUUGUGGUGCGCAUUUUUGCUGGGAGUGUGGUCGAGCCAUUAAGGUAUGUCGAUCGAAGCCCUGCAGCGCUGCUCGAGAGGACGGCGAGGAGUCUCAAGGGGAAGAGGAGGGCGAUGUCGAGUCUGAAAAUGAACCACGGGAAUCCAUCGAACAACCAGAAAUAGUCGAACCAAUCAAUGCGGAUGAAACACAACAACAGGUUGACCCUGUCCCGACUACUGGAGACAGGACUGUCGACGAUACCCACGCACCUGGCAUGGCGGCGCUUCUCACAGCCAUGGAAAUGCAGAGUGCGAACCUGAACCGCUUGGGUGAGCUGGUGGCACAGAUUGGUGGGAGUUCAGGAACCGAGUUUACAGCUGGCCCCCUUGCGCUUUACUCUGUCGAUCCUGCGGAAGUCGACCUUGUCCAGGCAGCCUCCACACUUAUCGGCAGCACUCCAGUGUCUGCCCCUGCUGAGGCAAAUGAGGCUGAGGCGGUACCUACCGUUACUGCUCCUGCAAACUUGGACGAUCCUCACGAGAUUGACUGGGAAGUGCAGUCCGUUGAUUUUGGAGAGGAGCCAACUGAUGAGAAUUGGGAUGUCUGGGGCUGCACCCAUCACUUUCGCGAACUUGACAGGGAAGAAGUUCCGAAGCGCUGGCUCGUUGGAGUCGAUCCAUUGAAAGAUGAGAUCGUCGAGGUUGAAUGUAUGACUUGUUUCCAGAAGGCGAGGCUCUCGGAUGGAAGUUCGGCAAACAAGAAGAACGAAGGCCACGGCAAGAUCAGCGUCCAGGUUGAGACCUCCGCCGUCAACAAGUCUCCAGAAAGAGAGGUUGCCAAAGAGAAGCAGGCCUUCGAAUGUUCACGUUGCGGCGUCAUCAACUGUCGGUCCUGCAAGAACGCGGCGCGGAGACGAAUCAAGAAGCAACGACAAGCUACUGAUGGCUGGAUCGACUGAGAAAUUGAUGUUCGAAGAAGAAGACAAUGAAGAUGUCGGGACGCCCGCGAGGCGCGAAAGUGUGCUGUGUAUCAUUUUGAGCGGGCAGGAGUCUAUGAGCCAACGAGUCACCGGAUGAUUGGGCGUGCCUCUUUGGGAUGGCGGCCUUCAAGAGGCUGAUUGACGUUAGGAGUAGAUCAAUUACCAACACUCAGUAUGAGUAGAUUUGCAACAACGGCGUCCGUGAUCAUCAGCAGACUGGAU